AUGUCCUCGUUGAGGAUUGGUUGCAACGUAUCCAAGAUUGCAGGUAGCAUCGAGGCGUUAGUGUGCUACCCGUCCACAAGAGCGAUCCACCAGUCACCCCUCUGGAUUCCUAACGUGCUAUCGAGAUACCAAGGUGAGCCUGCAGGAGGUCAAGUCCUCAGGGUUCCUCGCCUGUACGAGAGGCCAUUUCCACCACCUGAGGUUUCUAAUGCUGGUAAUAUUCCUAAGUCAGGAAUCCAGAGGGGUGACUGGUGGAUCGCUCUAGUGGACGUCUAG